AUGAAAGCGAAGAGCGGGAGGGAGGAAAAGAUGGAGGAGAAGGGACCAAAACAGUAACAAGCUAAACAGCGACAGACCGGAGUCAUUAACGUAUUUAACUCAUUAAAACGACGUUAAUUGAUUAAUUAAAAACAUCUAGAAGCGUUUUUUAAACACUCAGCUCAAAGUAAAAUGUCGCUGAGUGCGACGUGUGAGUCGGUCUCUCAGAAAAGGACUCUGUCGAGCCUCCUGGCUGGUCGUGUGGUGAAGAGGCCGAAGCAGGAAGACGGCCGGCGGCUGCAGGAGGCGACGAUCCAGCUGUUGGAGCAGCAGCAGAACCUCUGCGGUCUGCUCAGGGAGGUCGGGAAUCCAGAUGUGUGCAACGUUUUACGCGCUGGAGAGCAGAAACAGGCCGACGGCGUCUCACCGGCCGUUUCAGGCUCACUGCUCGUGUGUGAGCUGAGGCGUCAGGCCUCGCGGACAGGUGUCCCGGUGGCGGCGUUGGCGGUGAAGAUGGUGCUGGAGAGACUUACGGAGAUCACCGGAACUGAAGAGGAGGAGGAGGAGGAAGACGAAGACGACAACGAGAGGAGACGGCUUCUCACUUCAUCUCAGCGAGUCCAGCUGUGCGUCCUGUUAGAGUCCGGAAAAGAACUGCUGUCACAGGGAGCCUUGUGCCCGAAACUGCUGUGGCAGGAGUACAGAAGAGAUCAGAGACUUCCCAAACUGGAGGUCGUGUACCAUCUUCACGUCUACAGCCUCGUCACUCUGAAGCACAUUUUAGAGAAUGACGACGGAGUUAGGUCGUGGUUGGCGUCUCAGUUGAAGACACUGUGCAGCUGGACGCCUCCACCAGGAGAAGACGAGACCAGACAAGUCCAACAGAAAGUGUUGUCAACUGUGGUUGGAGUCUUGGUGGGAACUGGUUUUGAACUGAGCCGUGAACCAGCAGGUCCAGACCGGAGGACCUCCCAGCUCUGCUGCUCGGUGCUGGACGACAUGCUCUUCUGGCUGCUCGACGCUGUGGAAAAGGAUCUGAUGCUGCAGACUGACGGACGAGGAGCCGAGCUAUGGAUUCGGAUAUUUGAUGCUUCACUCUGCGGAGUUUCAGCGUCCGCCGAUGCCCUUCAGCGAUUCUUCACACACUCCCUCACGCAGACACUCACCUACAAGCCUCGACUAACAGUGUCGGACGCCAUCACUCUGCAGAACGAGUGGACCUUUGCAAAAGCCAGCCGGCUGGUGACGUCUCUUUUCCGUAAGCUGGCCGUGAUGUUCAGCGUGGAGCAGCUGCUGCGUCACCUGCAGCAGGUUCUGGAAACCCACGAGGUGAACUGGAAACACGUCCUGUGCUUCCUGUCCACUCUGCUGGUGUAUAACCCGUGUGCCGAGCCCAGCCUGAGAGAGCUGCUGUCCCGCCUGCUGAGUUCUGCUUUCGAAGGCUACGACCUGGAGAACAUGAUCACCGCCUUCCUGUUGGCUCGACAGGGCGCGCUGGAAGGACCCGGCAUCUUCCCGUCCUACAGCGACUGGUUCAAGAUGUCUUUCGGUGGAGGAAGUAGCUGCCAUGCAGCCAGUAAGAAGUCUCUGGUGUUUCUGCUGAAGUUCCUCUCGGACCUGGUGCCCUUUGAACCCCCACAGUACCUCAAGGUUCACAUCCUCCACCCUCCGUAUGUCCCCAUGAAACACCGCAGCCUCCUGAUGGAGUACGUCUCUUUGGCAAAGACCAGGCUGGCUGAUCUCAAGGAGUCUGUGGAGGACAUGGGUUUAUAUGAAGAUGUUUCCGGUGCAGGUGGAGCCUCAGUGCAGUGUCAGGCUGUCCAGGACGUGGAGAAGGCAGUGUCUCUGUUUGAGAGCACAGGAAGAAUCUCUGCCACAGUCAUGGAGGCAAGUAUUUUCCGCAGGCCGUAUUUCCUGACGCGAUUCCUCCCGGCUCUGCUGAAACCGAGAGUGCUGCCGGUCAAAGCUGACGCUCGGAUGAGUUUCAUAGAAGCGCUGAAGAAAGCUGAUAAGAUCCCCGCAGCUCAGUAUUCGUCUUACGUGGAGUCCUGCCAGAAACAGAGGCAGCAGGAUUGCAGCACGUUAGUGUGUUUGGACACCAAUGAUGAUCCUCUGGAGGUCCUGAAGACUCAGCUGCAGGAGUUCACAGAGCUGCACGCUGAGGGAAAUGAUGGAGAGAUGUCGGCUCAGCUGUCGAGGAUCUCUCACACUCUGAGCGUCAUCUUCUCUGGCCGUCCCGACAAGCUGAUUGAACGGAGCGUCAUCAAACUUCACGCGAGCGCUCCUCCGCCGUCCUCUGAGCUCCACGUCAAAGCCGCCAACGAGAUUUUGAGAAACUUCUGCCAGUGCGUGUUAGACGCUUCACGAGCCAGUCCUCCAAACAAACAAAGCCUGUGGGCCUCCAGGUUUGUCAGCAUGCUGCUCGGUAACACUCAGCUCCUCUCCAGCCUCCUGCACAGACUCUGGGACCUGUUUCAUAACCAGGGUCCGUCGCUGAGCGCCGCCCAUGUACUCGGCCUGGCGGCGUUCGUGGUCCACCUCAACGUCUCCACGUCCCACGGUCCUCUGGUUCAGCUGGACCCGGCCCUUCUGCCUGAACCAGUACCCGUUGGAGACGCUCUCAGCUUGGCGCUGGUCUGCAGCACUCACGCCAACAUGCUGUUCUGCGUCAGGUUUUGCGUUGCAGCUGUGUGUUACGGGAUGUGCAGAGCGGACUCGCUGCCUCAGCUGCAACAGCAGGACUACAUCGUCACCAGCUUCUAUAAGAAGCUUCUCUACCUCAUCCCAAGACUGCUUCCUGAAGCCAGAAGAGCUCCCGUCACUGCUGCUGCUGGUCCAGUCAGUGAAGACGAGGAGGAGAACCUGCCCGGCCUGUGGAGCAGCGCCACGGACGCCAACAACAGCUGGAGGAAGACGGCGCGGCAUCUGUGGAGACACCCGGCCUUCACUCAGCUGGGACAGACGCCACGAUAUCAGCUGUCGUUCUCAGAGUGGCUGACCGAAGAGCUCAAAGUGCGGCGAAGCGAAGACGCUCUGUCAGACCCAGAACGUCAGGAGUAUCAGCAGUGGGCCUGUCUGGAGCUCUACCUGUCCUGCCCGGAGGAGCAGGGCGGCUGCGGAGGCGACAUGAAGAGCCUCUGUUGUCAUCUGCUGAACGCCAUCAUAGACCAGUGCUCAAGCGAUCACAAAGAAACAGGAACCUGUCUGCCAGACAUCCUGUCCAGAGUACAGGAGCUCGUCUAUGAGAUGGAAGUGACCGACCUCUCUGUCGGCUGUAGAAGCGGAUCCGAUGUUCGUGAUUUUCUGUUUGAGUUGGUGUCUGACAGAUGCUCGGCGGCGGCAGCGGCUUCACUGAGCGCCGAACUCCACACGCAACACACCGUGAACACGUGGAACAGAGUCCUGCUGGCUCUCCCGGCGGUGAUGUUCAUUAAAGUGAAGACUGAAGGCGGGAGGACGACUCUGGACACGGACCGGCUGAUUGAACACGUGAACCAACAUCAGAGGAAGGCGUGUUCACCGGCCGGCCUGCUGUCCUUCCGUCUGACGGCUCACCUCCUGAGAGGCGUGUUAUGUGCCGGCGUGCGCUGUGGACGCCCAGCAGACGAAGUCAACAGAUCCUGGUCUCAGAUCAGUCUACACUGUCCUCUGCUGCUCGUCUCCACGGCGCACUGGUGGGGGCGUCUCUCUCCGCUGUUGUUGUCGCUGUGGCGUCGUCUUUGUGAUGGAGAGUCGGUACCAAAGCAGCUGCAGCUCCUCGCUGACUGUCAGAUCUGGGCCUGCAGUUUAGAGAAAGGUCCGUCGUCAACGUCAGUGCCUGCAGCCUCACCUCUGCUGCUGGCUGCCAGUCUGCACCAUGCCUGCCGCUACAACCAGGACUUCAGCACCGCCCUGAAUAUGCUGCGACCAGAGAGGGUUAAUCAGCACCGACAGGUGCUCGUUUUUCUGCUCUUCCUGUGUGUAAACGACUACCUGUCAGCACUCUUAUAUCCUCAGGAGACGAUCCAUCAGAAAAGCAGGACUCUGUGCGCAGACCUCCUACCCACGUUGGUCGACUCUGCUGACUGGUUGCUCAUCUUCAAAUCAAACGAACAACAAGGUGUUUACCAGCCGAUUACCAUGGUGACGACGGAUGAGUUUACACGGCUGAUGCCUUGGGCCUUUUACAGUCUGCUGCUGCAGCAGAGCGCUGAGCUGCGACACAGAGCUGUGUGUUGUCCAGGAUUCCUUCAUGCCGCCGUCCUCUGCUACGCCAGCCUGCUGCAGCUUUUCCUGGACGGACACGAACUUCCAUCGACCAGCAAACCCUCCGACAAUCAGAUUCUCAACGACGCCAAGAAGUUUCUCCUGAGCGCGAUCGCAGAGACGUCUCCAGCCGCUCUGUCCUCCAGCCAGCUCACACAGCUGGAGUCUCAAUGUGCAGAUCUGGACCCGGAGGUGUCGGCGGCUCUGUCGGUGCACCUCAACCCUCCCAGCCUGAGCCCGGAGAUGGACUUCCUCUGAACGUGAUCUUCAGAGCAGAACCUCUGACGGUAACCGACGACACAGCUGAGAAACAAACACGUUCCCGUUGUUCAGAAAAACAGUUGAAACUUUGUAGAAAAAACAUUUAUUUACAUCUUUUUGUACAUAACUCUACACAUGUACAUCUGAAGCCCUUCACUGUUUACACACAAACUCUUCAAAAGAGUCUCAGCGUUGUAAUAACUUAAAUAAAAACAUGGGAGUGAACAUCGGAGAACAUUCUGCACAACUUAUUUGCAUGGCGAGGACUAACACGGCGCGUACAAGUGCUUCGUGUGUAUUUAUGUAACAAGAAUAUUGCAUUACGUUUACGU